GUCUCAAGUUGUAUUACUAGAUAUUAGCAUGGAUACAUUCGGCUACAGCGAUAUUCGUACACGAGUCAACAUCCCCCUUUCAGAUCGCCAUUCGUCCAAUUUGAUCUCCCCGACCGAAUCGUCCACUACCUCCAACGAAAUUCCGGACGACUCAGGCCACGGUUCAUCGAUAUCCGGACAGACUUCUGACGCUUCGGUCAACGACACGUCAGGUCUGAAAGCAGACAAGCAAAAGGGGAACAGGGUCCAGGUAAGCUCUUCACCAUCCUGCUUGGUCUUCGUAUGAAAAAGAAGUCUCGUUGGUAGAACUGACUAUGACCCUUAGACGGAGCACGGGAAUGGAUGGCCAUGGCACUUCGAAACAUACAUAGAGAGCGAUGUUGCCCGAAAGGCAAGAAUCGCGAGACAAUCACGGCGAAAUGCAAUGAGCAACACGGCUCUUGCUGGUAACCAGUGGCCGUACGAACACAUCACUAUCUCGCGACCUAUCCUCCCAGAUGGUCAUCGUCAACUUUCUCACGAUACAUCGAGACCUAAUGCACACGGCACCAACCUUGCCGUCCAGAAAGACGGCGUCAGCUAGGGACAAGAGGCUGGUUUAUGUAGUUUAGGGUCUGUAUUUGCCAUAUUUUGUAACCGAAUGCCUGUUACUAGUAGUCGUGAGAAUGAUAGCUCCAGAAUCGCGAAACACACCGAAUGUCAUCCCAAAACAUUGAACAAAUUCAUCCACGGAGACCAUACAAGCGGU